AUGAUUCGACGCUUUUUUCUUGACAAUAUCGCCGCGAUUUUCAGAGAUAAACAGGUUAAUUCCAGCAAUAUAUAAGCUGCAUGUUCUUUCAUUUUUGCAGUAUGUUCUAAUGAUUUACAACAUAAUUAUCGCAGCCAUUCUCACAAUAUUUCCCGCCGCUGAUUCUUGUUUUCCUACUAGUAGCACUCAAGCAAUUGUGGGAUUAUCGGAAACAUUGGAAUCUGAUUCACAUGAAUCAACUGUUGUUGAAACAUCAACUUUCACAUCCAGCUCAACAACAUCAACAUCUACAACUACAACAGUUCCACUGGUCUGGCAUUGCUUGAAUGACACGUGGAUUUUAUUUGAUCGUGGUUCUUAUUCAUGGUGUAUGAUCCUGGUUGAACAAUAUGCUGCGUUAUCUGACGGAGAUUCGCUUUGCAAAACUGUCGAUAGCUCAGCAGUUCUAAGCGGCUUUCAAAAUGUCAAUGAACUAGAGACAAUUGUAAAAGCACAACUCGCAAUAACCGAUAUAAUUGAUGCAAUAGAAAUUGGCGCUGGGUUAAAGACACGUAGAAAACUAGAAAUCGUUCAAAAAUCAUUAUUUGCAUGUUUUUUAUCAUCCUUCAAAUAGUGGAAGUACAUAAACAAAAUUGAAAAAUAAUGAGUUUAGCGAAAGUCAAAAAAAGAAAUUGCCUUUUUUGAAAUCGCUCAGCCGACGCAAAAUUUGGUGUUUGCACAAAUGUUCGUGAUUUGCCGCACAUGUGUGCAUUCUUAGCAUACCGUACCACCACUUUUUAUUUAUUUUUUCUUUUUUCAAACGAACAACACACAACUUUGAAAAAAGACGCGCGUUCAAAUUUUUACGAUUACGAACACACAUUUCUAGUUUUCUACGUGUAUUUAACAGAUGCUUGUAAAACACAGGCGGAUUGGGAUGCUGGUACGUGUACGGCACAGAAUGGAUAUCAAUGGACGGAUGGUUAUACAACUGGGACGGAUGGUUUUGUUUGGGCCGAGGGUUAUCCGGAUGGAUGUGUCAAUGAUGUUUGUUCGACCAAUGUACUUUUGGCAGUUCAAGAUGGAAAUCUAGCUUCCUUUCCAGCAACUGAUGGGGCGUUUGCAGUCGUUUGCGGAUUGAAAGCUGUGGCUGAAUGA